AUGCAGGCACCCCACCAACAAAUUUUCCUGCGGAGAGAAGAAGGGAGGACGACAGCAGAGCCAAAUUGUUCAGAUGUGGAACUAGAUAGUUGCGGAUCACAUGUUGGGCUGGCCCGGCAUGCUUGCCAGCAGCACAGGACGCAACAGCGAAGUCUGUCAGAAGGACCAGAAGGACCACCGGCUUCUCAGAGUCGGCAGGACACGGCUGACGCAAUCGGCCGCUCAACUGGCCACGACUGUCUGCAACCACUUGAGACGAGCUCUUGCGUUUUCACCUCACUUGCAGACCAUCAAAUAGCAGCAUCACAGGGAGGCGAUGCCCAGCGCCAACCACAUUGGUUGGCUGCGUCACUUCCUCUUCCUGUAGAGGAAGGGUCGGUAGUGUCGUUCCGCAGUGAUGCCGGAUAUCCCGAGGGAUGGGAACACAUACGCAGCGAUGAUACGCACACAGCACACAUGUGUAAUGAUAACACUAAGCAAGAAGCAAUGGCCUCUGGGAAUAAGCGGUUGCAUGAGGCACUAACACCGGAAGACCAUGAAACGGGAACCAACAAUGUAUCCGGCAGCAUCACAGGAUGGAGUUCACCCGCCGCCGAAUUCGAGUUCGUCGCUGACGCUGCCUGGUGCGAUGUGCGGCGGCUGCUGCGGCUUUCGAACACACAUCAACCAAAAGGAUGGGAUUGGGCAUGUUCGGGUAUCACCUCUGCCUUAGUGAAGGCUAGGAACAACAGCAGCAAAGGCGGCGAAGCUCUCACUGGUCUUAUCGGAGUAGGGGGAAAGGCGGGAGAAACCGCUGCAGUUGCUGGGGCUAGUGAGAGCGCUGGCCCGCAAGGUUGUCCCGUAGUGAAGUUUCUCCGUUCAGCAAUGUAUUCGAGCACGCUUUCCGGGUCGGAAUUCAUCAGGCGGCAUGGCACUCUGGGUAAGCCUGCCUCUGGAACGGGAACUAAUACUGCUUCUGAAUCAUCACCAGCAAUCGUCAGUGGCUGGGGGGGACGGUGGCAACUCACUCCAACUGAUUCGCCUGGAGACAGUUUCAGUAGCUGCUCUGGCAGCGAUAGGAAGAGCGGAAGCGCCCCCGUGCUCCCUUUUGCGCCAUCGUGCAAGGAUGGAGGAUCUUUGAGCGGACCACUGGGAGACAAUUUUCAGUCACAGACUCAGCUUAAGCACGUGAAUACUUGUGGUGCUGAUGCUGUGAGACCCCGCUCACCUGUGGGAAGCCCUUCACUCGCAGCCAAUAGCGGUACGCAGCGGGGAACACUAGCUGCUAACGAUGGAAAAACCACGGUCUAUCUCGACUCUGCACAUGUAGCAUCUGAGGUUGAAGCGUCGCGCUCUGCCACAGUGGUUUCAGAUCCUGCUGAAAGUGGACGCCGCCGCGCCUCUGCCAGACGCCGUCAUGGCCUCCUGCUGCACCGUGCACAGCGACACUUGGAGAGUCAGUGUCGGAGAAAGCUGAAGAAAAAUGACAUGAGGCUAAAUAUUCUUAUUACAGCCUUGCCGGGGGUUGAUGCAGACGUGUUUUGCAGACAGAUGUUUGCGGAGUGGCAGGAAGUCAGUCGUCAGCAUGUCUCGUGUGGCGAGGAGUUUGUCUUCCGAGCUCCAUUUGUUGUUCCUUUUGUAGAGGUUCCCGUCAUUGCGGCUUCUAGUUUUGCUUCUGCCCUUCCAUAUUGUGAGCUUCGCCUGCUAGAGGGAUGGGAACGAGAUAAAGUUCUUCAGCAGGAAAGGACAGAACGAAGGGUUCACGUUUGCCUUUUCCUGAUUCCUCACUCUGCCCUACCAUUACCCGCCGAAGUUUUGGCUCUACUAAAACGCCUCCGUGCCGUGGCCUGUAUGCUUCCCCUGCUGGUUGUGCAACAUACCACAUCUUGCGAGCAAAUAUUGCGCGAUAGAGGGAUACUUCGGCUGCAACUUGCGGCCUCUGACUUGGCGACUCUGGAGGAGAUGCUGCUUCCGUUGCACCCAACUCCGCGUGGACCCAAUGCUUGUGCCCACUGCCAAGGAACAGUGCGUGAGAAAGAAUGCCACCCGUCGAAAUUGCAUUCAGAACAGGAGGCACCCUUGCUCGGUAAGGGGUUUUGUAGCAGCAGCAUUGCCAGUACCGGAAAAUAUCCUGAUGGCGCGAACCCAGAUACUGAAGAACCAGAGACACUCAUACCAGGUAACUCUGCAGAAAGCAUCAACAACAGCCUCAGUGGCGGCAGCAGCAAAAUCGGCAGUCAGGGGCAACCUACUAACGGUGGAUACGAAGGAGAAGGUCGAAGAGGUGAUAAAUUUGAGGAGGGGUCAUCACCAGCGAGCAGACACCGGUGCAAGAUGCAGAGCCCUAGCGGCGUCCCUCUUUGUCUCAGUGCUGUCCAUCUUCCACUUGUACUCCAGCUGCCGUUGAGUGGCACAAUUGGUGAUAAAGACUCGCGAUGUACGUGCAGGGCGGGAAUAGACAGAGUUAGCGAGGCAGUCACCACUCCUUUGUCACUGCGCAGUAUGCUGGUGGAAGCAUCAGCGGUGCUGCUGCGCCAGCGAGCUGAAUAUGGGUGUUUCUUGCCGUUUCUUUUCCAGCAACAGAUGCUCCCAAACCGAACACACAAGCUGCGUGGUUUGCAGCAGUGGGAAGACGAAGAAAAACAGCAGAGGGAACAGCAGCAACACGUCGCAGCUCUUAUGGACCUCCGUCAGGGGCAAAUCGACAGCCAUCCCGACACAGGCACGGCAAUGCACAUGCAAAGACAGCUUGAUGGACUGCGGGAGCAGCUGCGUAAAAUGCAGCAGGAGCUUUUACAUCUUCAGGAGAGAAGGUUUUUGCAGGACCUGCUGAAGGAAGAAGCAGCGGAGGCGCGGCCCUACCCUAGCCCCAACGGAAGAGUGUUGCCACAGGCCCGUGACAAGGAAAACGGCGAGAGAGAGGAGCUGCUUCCGCAAGUGGCCCAAACUGGCCUUGUUUUGGCCUUGAUGCUAGGUGUUGGUGCUCUCCUGUUCAACAACAUGAAACGAGGUAACUGCUGA